AUGUAUUCAAUUGUUGCUUCAUUGGACUCCAUGGACGUUGACCACGACAAAUGUGAAGGGGAGGGGACUCACCUAGAACCGAUGGACAUUGACCACGACGAACACAAAGGGGAGGAUGUCGCAAACAACACUCAACCGGAAAACUACAUGAUCGUCGAUGAUGAUGAGGCCGGUGGGGAGGAUGCGAUGGAGGUGUGCGACAGUGUAAUGGAGAACAGUGCUCAACCGGAAUAUAUGGACAUUGAUGAUGUUGAUGUAGAGAUGCGCGCUCACUCGGAUGACAUGGAUAUCGACAUGUGA